GAGCCCUUUGGAGUUGCUCUGCUUGAAAGAGGAAGGAUGGAGACACCGCCUUUGGUCAAGGAGUGGAGCGGAAAAGGCCCUGCGGCUCUUCAGCCUGGGAACUGUGGGGAGAGCUGGACCAGAACUGGGCAAAAGGUCCUGCAGGAGGGAACCGUCCUCCCUUCAGAAGUUCCGCCCUUGACCUCCAUCCAAUACCGGGAGGUUGAGGGUCCCCGAGGACUUUGUAGCCGACUCCAUGAGUUGUGCAGGCGAUGGCUGAGACCACGAAAGCACAGCAAAGCCCAGAUGCUGGACCUGGUAGUUCUGGAACACCUCCUGUUCCUUCUGCCCCCAGAGAUGGAGGGCUGGGUGCGGGAAUGUGGAGCAGAGAGCAGUUCCCAGGUGGUGGCCCUGGCGGAAGGCUUCCUCCUGAGCCAGGCAGAGGAGCAGAAGGAGCAGCUCCAGUGGCAGCACUACACUGUGGAGAUGAGAGAUCCUGAGGGAAAGAAGAACCCAUCAAAUCCCACUCAGGAGCUAUUUUUCAGGAGGAUCCCUUGGGAAGAUCCAAGUCAGGAUACCUCAGGAGAGAAACAAAGAAUGAAGCUUUCUGGUUUUUAUGACAGAGCUCAAACAGCGGUUGAACCUCCAAAUCAAGUAAGAAAGGGAAAAGUUUAUUGGAGUUGUAUUCUCCCUUCAGGAAGUGAAGCGGGUGUGCAGAGGGCUCUCUCCUUCUAUUUUCCUCCCUUGUUUGGCCUGGAUUAUUUUUGUGUUCUUCCACAACAUGGAGAGCAGAAUAGCAGAUUCAAGUUGCUAUCAGCCAUCAUAGCUUCCUCUAGUUAUCUUAUUCUACUAGAUACUUCUCCAACUUUGACUUUACAGGAAGCAAUUUUUUAA